GCUGUCACUGACGUGGAGUCCAAGAUGACUAUCACACUCGAUACCCAGGUGUCCGCAGGCGGUACAAAGUUCUCGCAGGGUCAAAGGCAGCUCAUCGCGAUGGCGCGCAUGCUGAUUAGGCGGAGCUCGAUUAUUGUGCUUGAUGAGGCAACAAGCAGCAUUGACUUUGAUACCGACGCUAAAAUUCAGGCAACGAUUAGGGAGGAGUUCACGGAUUCG